UCUUAUUUUUAAUCAUUUUUACUAGUUUUCUGUAUGGUUGCUUCGCUUAGAAACUGAUAAAUGCAUAUUGUGUUUUAGAAUGAAGAAAACCCAUUUAUUUAUUUACCUUCUCUUAAGAUGCAAAUGUUAUGACAGAAAUCUCACUGGCUCCAGAAUCAGCACAUGACCAGGGCUGGACUGCUCAUCUGCCUGUUCCAGUUAUCAGCAACAUCUCUUCACAAAAUUCAUCAUCAUCAGGAUCAUCAGCAUCGAAAUACUCUCAGAUAGUUCUGAUCUGCGCUUCUGCUGCUGGAUCUCUGUUGAUUGUAGCUGCAGUUGGGAUCUUCUGCAUCUGCAAAAAAAAUAGAAAAACUGAUCAAGAAGUUCAAACUCAUACAGAGAUCACUUACACUGAUCAAACAUUCUACAAAAGGGGUGGAGGAGGGCUGCUGCAAAACUGUCAUUAG